AUGAAUGGCAGUCAUAUGGACAACGUCCAGACGCUCAACCGUGCCGCUCUGCAGGAGUUUAUUCGACAGCCGGUGACUCGUGAGAUGGUGGCUCAUCUGGCCCUGCAGGCCUCGCGGGUCAUUCGCUGCGAGUCGCACAUGACGGCUUCCCAGCCUCAACAUCACCAGCAUCACCAACACAACAACAACCAACAGCAACAUGGCCAACCCACGCCCCCAACUACCCCGCCGUUGGAUGUAUCCUCGCCCUUGCCGUCCGUCGAAACCUUCAUCGUUUCGUUGGUCACUCGUUCCCAGGUGCAGGUGCCUACACUGAUGACCACCCUGGUUUACUUGGGUCGACUGCGCGAGCGACUGCCCCCGGUCGCCAAGGGCAUGCGCUGCACGGUGCACCGUAUCUUCCUGGCCUCGUUGAUCCUGGCGGCAAAGAACCUAAACGACUCCAGCCCCAAGAAUAAGCACUGGGCCCGCUACACCACCGUCAAGGGCUACGACUUUGGCUUCUCCCUGCCCGAGGUCAACCUGAUGGAGCGCCAACUGCUCUUCCUGUUGGACUGGGACACUCGCGUCACCGAAGCCGAUUUGCUGCGCCAUCUUGAGCCUUUCCUGGCGCCCAUUCGCCAGCGCUACCUGCACUACCAGGAGCGCGAGGCGGAGCUGCGUCAACCCCGCGAAUGGCGCCGUCUGCACGCCUCUGCCGAACUGCUGGCCGGUCGUCUGCGUCGUCAGAAAAUGGAGGCCCAUGCUACGUCCGAUACGGGCCGGCGCCAGAGCCACCACCAUCGCCAGCGAUUGCCUCCCAGCCCAGAGUCCCUUUCUUCGCUCUCGUCGUCCGGCGCCUCGCCUGCCGCCUCCCUGGCUGACACCGAUCGCUACCACCCGUAUUCGUCGCGCCAGCGUCCGACAUCGCGAUCUCCGCCGUCCGUGCAGGACGUCCCCAUGCUCUCGCGCGCCGAGACCGUUCCCUCGCUCAGCUCGCGCGCUUCCAGCGUUGCUCCCAGCUCUCGCGGCGACACGCCCGCCAGCCUGCGCACCUCCGGAUCCAUCUCCAGCAUGGAGGAAGACGUGCGCGUGGCCGAUGCGGCCCGUAGCCCCUCGCUGCACGGCGGAUACGUUCACCUGUCGGACGUCAAGAUGGACGACGCGCCGCCGUCCGGCAAGAAGAUGCGCAUGUCCGGCAGCCACGCGGGCGGCGGUGGCCUCGUGGCCCGAUUCUUCGCCUCGGCGGCUGGAUCGUACAUGAAUGGACGCAUGCGCCAUGUUUGA